AUGACUGACAACGCCGUCUACUAUAACGACGCCAAAGACUGGGAAGACUGGCAGAUGGAAUUCCGCAAACGAGCGGAAGGCGAAGACGUCUGGCAGUAUAUCGAGCCGACUAGCGACCUUCCGUGGCCGCAAGAGCCCACGCCACCGAAUAUCGCGGACUACCAGUCGAAUACAAUCCAUGCCAAUACCGAGUCGAACAGCUCCGGACGAUCGGGUAGAUCCCAGACAACUGGAUCGGCUGUUCCACAAGGCCUCGGCGAUCUCUCCGACGCUGGGAGGCUGAGCUUCCAGCAACAUUGGAAUGAAUAUACGGUAGCGAUACGGAGAUACGAGACAAUCAAGAAGUCACUGAGAACCCUCCGCGAGUGGGUGCUGAAGACGGUCAACAAGUCAAUCCAGAAGACCGACCUUCCGCCUAACGGCAAUCUCAACAAGUGGUACGCGAUCUUGGCCCAAUCAGGCGAGGAAUACGCGAGUCACCGGAUGGAAGACGCUCGAAUCGCCUUCAAGAAUCAUCUCCGAUCAGCUCCAAAGAAGGAAGCAGGGCUCGAGAAGUGGAUCGUCAGAUGGAAAGAGCUCAUGGCUGAAGGUCAGAGACAAGGAGUACCCGAGACGACGGAGCCCCGAGCGUGGGCCCUUGACUUCGUCAAUGCAGUCGAAGAAACGGCGCCACUCUGGGCAUCGAAUUACCGACUGAACAAGCUAGAUGCAGUGAACAAUCGCGAAGUCAGCUAUCGCGAAGUGGCAACGAAUCUGUUGAGGGAAAUCGCCAACAGACGCAACCGCAGCGCGGUUCCAAGAGGCAGCUACAAGGCCGGCUUCUUGACUCUCCACGGUAAGCAGGCUGAUCAGGACGAUACCGACCAAGACGACCGCGAUACUCAGCCCCCAGAGCCAGCAAACCUUCGCGGUAAGGCAGGCAGUAAGGGCAGCAGCAGCGGCCGAGGCGGAAAGAAGACAGAUCAGAAGCGCAAACGGAAGGAAUCCGACGCUGAGACUGAAAGCGGAAGAAGAUGCAAAGCUUGCCUUGCGCCCGGUCAUUCAAUCAGCAGCUGCUUCUAUGUCUUUCCGGAGAAGGCACCGGAAGGCUUUCGGUUUAACGAGGCGGCGGCAAGAUUUGUAAAGAUUCAAAUUGAGUCAGAUACAGCGAUAAAAGAGGAGGUCAACCGGCUCUCGAAGAAAGCAAAACUCGAGUCAGAUGACUGA